UCUUUACAGAAAGACAAACUAAACGUUAAGCGAGAUUAAUAUAAACAGAAAUCUAUGCUAUACAUUGAUUACACUGUAAAUGAAACAGUAUUUGUUGGUCGCACAUUAUUAUAUUAGCUUUGUAUUUGUCUUGCAGAAGGCUCACAUGAGUCCUUUAAGGCAUAGUUUAUCAGGCAGUUCAGUAGGCAGCUAAGACGGGCAAUGUUUACAAGCUAAGGUCCACUACUCUCAUUUGUUGAAAGGUAUGCUAUGGGUAUCCAUCGAAACUAUGCAUGAACAUUUUAAAGCAUCUGAAUUCAAGCUAUUCAGAUAAUUAUGCAGUGCAAAUUGAAGUAUUAUCACAACAUAAUUGUCUAAAGUGUUUACAAUUGGUUAUUUUUUGACUUUUUGUUCAUGGCUCUACUAGCUAAAAUGUACACAAGUCAGAUAAUGUUAUGCUGCUAGCUCAUUCCAUGGGUCCAAAACAAUAUCAGCGAACGUGGCUGCUUACACUGUUCCAAGAUGGUUGUAGAGGUAGAAAACUUAUUUGGUGUGUACAUGCUGUACUGCACCAACCCUAAAUUCAAAGGGCGUAUUUACAUUGGCUUCACUGUGAACCCUGAGCGCAGAAUAGGACAGCACAACGCCGGACGGCACCGAGGUGGGGCGAAGAGGACCAGUGGGAGGGGACCGUGGGACAUGGUCCUUAUAAUACACGGCUUCCCCUCUGAUAUUGCUGCCCUUCGGUUUGAGUGGGCGUGGCAGCACCCCCACUCCUCCAGGCGGCUCUCCCACGUGCCCCGGCGCUCCAGGAAAGAGUCCAGCCUGCAGUUCCACUGGCGGGUGGUCUCCAGCAUGCUACGGGUCCCCCCCUGGAGCAGGCUGCCGCUGACGGCCCGCUGGCUCAGACAGGAGUACAGGAUGGACUUUGAGCCCAGCCUGCAGCCCCCCCUCCACGUCCCCAUCGCCUUCGGGAGUGUCAGAGCCAAGAAGAAGCUGCAGCCUGCAGGGAAGGAUGAGGAUGAGGAGCAGGAGACAUCCAGCUGUUUCCUCUGUAAAGGACUGGUCAAGAUUCUUCCAUUGUGA